AUGACGAUUCAGAAGCCUUCAGAAGCACCCGCUCAAAAUUCUGCAGAGAAGCAUGAAGUCACGGUUGCGGAAGAUGCAUCUAUUCCAGAUGCUGAGCAUACGGAAGUGCAUCAAGAGGACGAACAAAGUGAAAAACAGAGGCUCGAAGAAUAUAUCGACAAGCUCGAAGCCAAACUCGGUUAUUUUGCCAAGGAGACGGCUGCUGCUGCGCAAGAGGCCAUGUCAAGUUCACAACUGACACCGCAUGAGCGCAAGCUCGCGGAGAAGGAUGACCUCAUUGCAACUCUUAGACGAGAAGGUAUUGAGUUGAGCAAGACUGAAUGGCGUCAAAGAAAUGCUAUCAAGGAGCGAGGCACCGCUAUCCAGAAAAUGCGCGCACAAACACAGCAGGACGAAAAGGCCAUGGCUGAGCUCCGAAAGCGUCUUGCUCGAUUGGAAGAUUCCGAAUCUGGUAUCAAGCAACAGCUGAGGCGGACGGAGCAAGUUGAAAAACAGAACGCUGAAUACCUCAGACGUGUCUCAAAUAUUGAAAAAGACCUCGAGAAUCACAAAUCAGAUCUUGCGAGCAAUAAAGCAACUAUCGCUGUCCUACGGAGUCAACUGCUUGAGGCUGAAAAGUCAGCCGAGAAGGCGGAAAACAGCAUCACCCAAGCAGAUACUCAGAAGCUAUCUGCGGUUCAAGAACAACUCGAGGACGCAAAGCUGGAGAAGAAGUUGGCAGAGGAUGUGUGGAGCGCAGAGCUCAAGCGAGUGAACGAGGAGGCUCGUCAGCAGAAGCAGCAGGCCAGUUUCCGCGAGACAGAGCUUACCAACGAGAUCUCGAACUAUGAAAGUCGUCUCGAGGCACUUCGCGUUCGUGCCGAGGAAGCAUCUUCAGAUGUAGGAGGAGACUCACAAGCCAAACUGCUCCGUCAGAUCGAAACGCUGCAGACUCAAUAUUCCCUGGCGGCCGAGAACUGGCGGACCAUCGAAACCUCGCUGAACGGUCGCAUCGCUGCUGUCGAAAAGGAACGAGACGAAGCUACGAAGCGUGAAGCCGAUGUACGCAAGAAAGCCCGUGACAUCAGCAGUAAGGCCAAACGCUUCGAAGACCAAAUCGAAGAAUUGACUGAGGAGUCACAAUCCUUGACUUCGCAGCUACAAGUCAGUACGACGGAGAUGAAGAAACUGCAAUCACGUCUCCAAGCCGCUGAGGCAUCGCUGAGCGAAGCGAAGGCGGAUCUUGAUCGUCAAAAGCAGUCCUUUGAGACAGAGCUGAGCCAGAAACUCGAAGAGGAAAGAGCGAGGCAACUCUCCCAAGAGCAAACACCAACUCUUUCGAUCGACCGCUCUGCAUCGCGACGUCCGUCGACCCUGACCCCUGGCCUGAUGACCUCACGUACACCAAUGACCCCCGAUUUCCCCUCUCCAAGCGUCAGCAGACAGGGCUCCAUGUUCUCUCUUGCUCAACUCAUCAACGGGAACAACGGCAAUGCACCUCAAACUCCUUCUAUCCACACAACCAACGAUGACGCUGACGACGCUUUCGACAACAGAUCCAGCCCUCAACAUACCAUCAAUGAUGUCAUUAGCGCCUCCACCGUCCACACCGGUCCCUCUGUACAGUUAGUCCAACACAUGUCGUCCAAAAUCCAACGCUUGGAAGCCGAAAAGUCAGCCACCAAAGACGAGCUCGCGAGACUGGUGGCCCAACGCGAUGAAGCCAGAGAUGAAGUUGUGAGCAUGAUGCGCGAAGUCGACACGAAACGCAAAGUGGACGGCAAGACUGAUGAGUUGGAGUCAGAGUUGGGACAGGUGAAGCAGAGGUAUGAGGCUUGUCUCGAGAUGCUUGGGGAAAAGGAAGAGGAGGUUGAGGAGUUGAAGAGUGAUCUUGUCGAGGUCAAGAAGAUGUAUCGGGAGCUUGUUGAUAGAAAUAUGAAGUGA